AACAAGUCUCCUAACCACAUUCCCCGACCGCGUAACGCCUUCAUGCUCUUCCGCUCUGCCUUCGCAGCAGCUCAGAAGAUUAGAACCACCGUCGAGCACGACAACCGCCACAUCACGCGCAUCAUAGCUCAUUGCUGGAACCGCCUCUCCGAUGCCGACAAGCAGGUGUGGCGUGAAAAGGCUGCUGCAGAAAAGGCCUUGCAUGCUGAGAAGUACCCAAACUACCGCUUCUCACCUAUCGGGCGAACCACGAAGCCAAUCAAACGGAACGUUCGCCGCAACGGAAUCGAAGACAAGAAACGCUGCGAGAAAGUGGCAGAGCUGCUACUCGCUGGAAAGUCGGGCGAAGAGUUGGAGGACGCUGUAAAGCAGGUCGACAUCUCCCUCAAGACAGAAGCCUUGGAUCACGCCGCCUCUCGAGAUGCCGAAGAGUCACCAGUGAACGACCAUGACUGGCAGUCACAACUUAGUGACUCGGAGGAUUCCAACAUUCCUCCCUUCCGCAGCCCUCUACUACCUCCU